GUCGCGUGCAGCCUGCUGCAGUACAGCCUGCAAGUAGUCUCCGUCAUGUUCGCCGGCCACCUCGGCGAGCUCUCCCUCUCCGGCGCCUCCGUCGCCUCCUCCUUCGCCAACGUCACCGGCUUCAGCGUCCUGCUGGGAAUGGGGAGCGCGCUGGACACACUGUGUGGGCAAUCAUACGGGGCAAAACAGUACCAUAUGCUGGGGACACAUGCCCAGAGGGCAAUCUUCGUUCUCAUGCUCGCGAGCGUUCCGCUGGCCUUCGUGUUGGCCUACACCGGCCAAAUCCUCGUUGCUCUUGGUCAGAAUCCAGAGAUAUCGUACGAAGCUGGAGUCUACGCCCGGCUGCUGAUCCCUGGUCUUUUCGCGUACGGCUUGCUCCAGUGCCUUACAAAGUUCCUGCAAGCCCAAAGCAUCGUCAACCCGCUGGUGGUUUGUUCUGGGGUGACGUUGGUAUUCCACAUUCUGCUGUGCUGGUUCCUUGUUCAGAAUUCCGGUCUUGCCAACAGGGGUGCGGCUUUGGCGACCUCGAUAUCUUACUGGUUCAAUGUGGUAUUGCUGGCGAUGUAUGUGAAAUUCUCUGAAGCUGGCAGAAGGAGCUGGCAUGGAUGGUCAAGGGCGGUGCUAAAGGAUGUCAACUUGUAUUUGAGUCUGGCCAUUCCAUCUACAUUUAUGACCUGCUUGGAGUACUGGGCAUUUGAGAUGGUGGUUCUCCUUGCAGGUUUUCUACCAAAUCCAAAACUGGAAACUUCAAUUUUAUCCAUCAGCCUAAACACAAUGUGGAUGGUUUAUACAAUUCCAAGUGGUCUCAGCAGUGCAAUAAGUAUUAGAGUGUCCAAUGAAUUAGGCGCGGGGAAUCCACAAGCUGCACGGCUAUCGAUUCUUAUUUCAGGAAUUAUGUGCCUAGUAGAAGGCCUUGUUGUAGCUAUCAUCACAAUUUGUGUACGAGAUGUCUGGGGUUACUUGUACAGUAAUGAAGAAGAGGUGGCAAAGUAUGUAUCCAUAAUGAUGCCAAUUCUUGCUACUUCUAACUUCAUGGAUGGACUACAAUGCACGCUAUCAGGUGCUGCUAGAGGGGUUGGAUGGCAGAAAGUAUGCUCCUUCAUCAACCUGUGUGCUUACUAUGCUGUUGGCAUCCCUUCAGCUGUUAUCUUUGCAUUUGUUCUGAAGAUCGGUGGCAUGGGGCUUUGGUUGGGGAUCAUAUGUGCAAUGGUAGUGCAAAUAUUAGCUCUGCUUGUGAUGAUGAUUCGUACCAAUUGGGAUAAAGAGGCUGAAAUAACAUGGGCUAGGACUAGAGUUCAGGAAUCAGAUGGCAGGGUAGCGUUGGCUUGAAAUGCCAUAGUUUCUCGUUAUGACGCCAAUAAGCUAGGUAGAUGCUCUAUCUAUCUUAUACCUUUUCAUAUCUGUCCGAUGUAAAUUUGCUAUGAUCAAGUGAUUGAUCAGUUUUA